UGAAUGUGAUUCGCAUAUUAAAAAAAUCACCGAAAUAUUGGACACCCUUAUCGAUAAUACUACAUAUGAUAGACGUCUAAGGCCAAAACAUGGUGAAGAACCGGUAAAUGUCGGUAUUACGAUACACGUAUCAAGCAUUAGUGCAGUAUCCGAAGUUAAUAUGGAUUUCACGGUUGAUUUUUACUUAAGGCAAACUUGGAAUGAUCCACGUCUUGCAUUCAGUCAUUAUCUGUAUGAUGCUUACAGCGUAUUGGAUAUCGUUUACCUCUUCAAUAACUCAAGAAAUUCAGUAUCGAAAUCAGAAUUCGAAUUACCUCAAUUUGUACUCAUCGAUAUACAAGUCGAAUCACGAAAUAUUGUUUUAAGUUCCGGAUUCUACGUUAUUCAAGUUUAUUUACCCUGUAUUCUGAUCGUUGUCAUCUCGUGGGUAUCUUUCUGGCUUAAUCGUGACGCAACUCCAGCACGAGUAGCGCUUAGUGUACUUACCAUACUUACUAUGACUACACUUACAGCAACAGCAAAUGCCUCAAUGCCGAAAGUUUCUUAUGUUAAAAGCAUCGAUAUAUUUCUCGGUGUAUCAUUUGUCAUGGUAUUCAGUUCAUUACUUGAAUUUGCUGCUGUUGGAUACAUCAGUAAAAGGAUAAAAUUGAUCCAAAAGAGGCGAAAAGAUUUGCAUAAGUAA